GAAUUCUGUGGACGGGAAUGCAGAUUUAUAGUGUAUUUUUUGUUCAAUGUUUUCAUUUUUUUUUUUUAAUGUAGCUGUUUACUGUAGGCAAUUACAGGCCUGGGAACCAUUUUAUUAUAUGAGCAUGAAGCAUUUGUCAGUUCUUACCAAAAUGAAGUAGAUCAUUUGACUUUAUUAUGAAAAAAGUUGGAUUUGUUCACAUUUAUUUAAAAACCUAGAUGAGGCAUAUUCAAGUUUGAACAAUAAUGUGGGUAAUUAAAAUGUCAAAUUAAAGUUACUCAGAGCUAUUGCAUUGUCAUUCAUAUUUGAAGAGUCAAGGGUGCAGGUUAAUAAGCAGCAUCCCUGCUAGAAGCUGGAAGGGAAUGAGUACUUUGCUUGUGAACUGUGCCACAGGGUAGAGGCCCACGGACACAGGGGCUUCACUCAGUUUUAAACCCCUUCAGUUGUCAAAUGGCUGCGGACUAGGGAUGGCACUUAAAAAACCUGGUUCUGUAUGGGUAUUUGCGUUUCAAUAUCGGUCACAACAAACAGAUAAUUAUUAUUAUUGUCAUCAUUAUUGGCCUUGAGAUUCCAUAUUGGUGCAUCUCUAAGGAAACUUACUCUGCAGCGCUGUGGAGACUGGUCUGGUAAUGCGAGACUACUCUAAGGAUGACCACCACUUGAUCCAGAAUACAUGUGUUCAUCUCCACGCAAAAGGGCUGGCAGGAAGCGGCAGUCAUGUAUGUAGUUAAAUGUUAGAAUGGCGAGCAUUGGAAUCAAGCAACGUGGUGUUUUGUAUGUACAUGUAUACAAGCAUAUAAAUUAAACGAUAGCAUGUCUUUCUUUGACUCAUUAACUUUUUAAACUGAAAAUCCAACAAACGGUGGUGGUGGAGUUUGUCAUUCAGCAUCACUGGAAUGCUGCACAAUUAGCCCCUGUUGUAAGGGCGGAUACUGCAGGGUUUCAUGGUCACAGAGAGAGAGGAGGGUGGGGAGUGCUGCUGCCCUCCCACAUCUGACCCAGAGGUUGUGUAAUAGCAUGCUCAUCAGACAAAUGGCUUUAAGCUGGAACCACAAAGAGACACACAUGGCAGCAGCCAGAGCAGACUGAAGUAAUUUACUGGGCUUUUGUUGUGACUGUUGUUUGAGGCUCACCAAAAACGAUGCAGAGUUUCAGAAAUCUUUUUUGAUGGUUCUAAUGAUGCUGUGAUGGGUUUGAUAGAGCUGACUUGUGUUCCGAUAGCAAACAGACCUUUGUGCUUUUUAACAUCACAAUUUCUGCCACAACAUGGCUGGGAAUCAGAUUAACUCCUGGGGACAACAUGACCUGAACAGAGAGUGCUUUGGCCUGAGUGCUGACAUGGAACAAAACCUGACGGAGCUUCAACAACAGGAAGGAAUGGCCAAAGAAUUUAACUGUAACAUCUCCCAGUUUCCUUUCUACUCUGAUACUUACCGGCAAGCGUCUGACAACAUACUGCGACCCCAUGAGGGAGACCAGGUGGUCCCUUCUUCCCAGAGGCGGACAUUGUUCGGGGGCCACCAGAGAGAAGCUAAACCCUUGCCGCCUCUGCCUGACCCUGAGGAGGUCAUGUCUGAUGAGGCAGCCGAUAGUGAGGUGGAGUUUUUUACCAGCGACAGACGCCGCCUUUUGCCUAAAAGCUGCCCUAAGCCCAUGUGUAGGGGAAUGAACCGAGACUGUGGCCAAGUGAAUUACGCCUACCAGGAGAGCUCAUUGCAGGCUGGUGGUGCCGGGACUGGCUCCAUGGCUUUCUCUUGGCCAUUCAGAGAGGACAGACCAUCAGGGAGAGGAAGUGGGUUUUGGGCACUAGCUCUCCAGAGAGAAGACCACCAGCAUGCGGUUUCAGCUGUUGGAGAUACUUUGUGUAGCAAACAGCCAGAACAACACCAAUCAUCCAGACUCCAGUUUCCCUGUGUAGACCCUACUUCCCAGCCUCUCCACAGCAGCAGCACAACCUGCCCCACUGACAAGCCCCUAAUCCCUCCUCGUAUCCCCAUUCUGCAAAAACGUCCCUCUCUCUUAAGGACUGUGAGCGCCAGCCAGGAAGACAAGCCUCCCAAAAUUCCUCCAAGGAUCCCCAUAGUCCCACCCUGCCCACCACGUACCCCGAGCCCCAAAAGCCUUCCAAUUUAUAUCAAUGGUGUGAUGCCUGCCACACAGAGUUUUGCUGCUAAUCCAAAAUAUGUGAGUAAGGCAUUACAGAGACAACAGUGUGAAAGGACGCCACCUGCAGCUCAGUUUUCUCCCUGCAUUGUUCCAAUUUUGAAGGAUGGCAGACAGGCCAGCGCCACGCACUAUAUCCUCCUGCCGCCGGGCCGACCGACAUACUCAGACAGACGAGAAAGACUCCUGAGUGAACCGGCCAGGACGGGAAACAGCAGCAUCUGGCAGAACAGAUAGAAACCCUUGCUUAUCUCCCUGUCUGAAACUUGAUGAGUACAAAACUGUGACUGACAUCAUUAAUAACAAUAUGAUACACUAUUGAACAGAGUCUGUGAAAACAUUUACAUGCUACACUCACAUGUCUAAUAUCAUAUUGGUGUUAUUUUUAAUGACUGAUGUAUUUCAAGACCACUUAUGUCACA